CUUUACAUCAGUGUGUGUGUUUGUGUCAGAAUGCCGGAGUUUGAUGUGAUUGUUCUGGGAACUGGACUGAAGGAAUGUAUUUUAUCUGGUCUGAUGUCUGUAAACGGCAAGAAGGUUUUACACAUCGACUGUAACUCGUUUUAUGGAGGCGAGAGCGCGUCCAUUUCACCUCUGGAAGAGCUGUAUAAGAGGUUCCAGGUUUCCACUCCGUCUAAACCGAUGGGACGCGGGAAAGACUGGAAUGUGGAUCUGAUUCCCAAAUUCCUUCUUGCUAACGGUCAGCUGGUGAAAAUGUUGCUGUACACAGAAGUCACCAGAUAUUUGGACUUUAAAGUGAUUGAAGGAAGUUUUGUUUACAAAGGCGGCAAAAUUCACAAAGUUCCCUGCACUGAUGCUGAAACUCAGACUUCAGAUCUGAUGGGGAUGUUCGACAAGCGCAGAUUCCGCAAGUUCAUGACAUUUAUUCUGAAUUUCGAGGAGAAUGAUCCGCGGACGCAUCAUGACAUGGACCCGCACAGAACCAGCAUGAGGGACGUGUUUCGACACUUUGACCUGGGCACUGAUGUCAUCGAGUUCACAGGUCAUGCGCUGGCCCUACACGUCAAUGAUGAUUAUCUGGAGCAGCCGUGUCUGAUGACCAUCAACCGUAUCAAGUUGUACUCAGAGUCUCUGGCACGAUACACCAUCAGCCCGUAUCUCUACCCCGUCUUCGGUCUGGGCGAGCUGCCGCAAGGCUUCGUCAGACUCAGUGCUGUACAUGGGAACAGCUACAUGCUGAACAGACACGUCGAUGACAUCAUAAUGGAGGGAGGGCGAGUGGCGGCGGUCCGAUCCGAGGGAGAGGUGUUUCGCUGUAAGCAGCUGAUCUGUGACCCGAGUUACAUGCCCGACCGGGUCAAGAAAGUGGGGCGGGUCAUACGGGUCAUCUGUUUACUGAAUCACCCAAUCAAAAACACCCAUGAUGUCAACUCAUGCCAAAUCAUCAUACCGCAAACACACCUGAACAGAAAGUCAGAUAUCUAUGUGUGUAUGGUGUCGUACUGUCAUAAUGUGGCAGCAGAAGGGAAGUAUAUUGCUGUCGUGAGCACAAUGGUGGAAACCAGUAACCCAGAGAAGGAAGUUCAGCCUGGUUUAGCCCUCCUGGAGCCCAUCAUGGAGAAGUUUGUGUCGGUCAGUAAUCUGAUGGUCCCUACAGACGACGGCCGCAGGAGUCAGAUCUUCAUCUCACGCUCAUACGAUCCCACAACACACUUCGAGACGGAGACUGAUGACAUCAUGGAUCUGUACCGCCGCAUCACAGGGUCAGAGUUCAUCUUCAGGGACCCCAGAGACUGUGACGUCGACUCUGACGAGUAGAAAACCACGACAGACAAACCAUAAACACACACAAAUCACACACUGUCAGAAUAUGUACUGUAUUUGAUGAAGAACGCACUUCUCGGCUGAUACUAAAGUGCGUUCUUUUAGGAAAGCAAGGAAGUAGUAUGAACAGAUUCCAGACAUACUUAAUCUGGGAACAUGGACACUGAACCGUGACCCGAACAUAUGACAUUAUAACAAUAACUGCAAUAAUAAUCUUCUCUGGUUUUGUUAAACAAGCAUCAUUUAAGCAGAAGGAACAACUUUCUUAGUAAAUAUACCACAUUAAUUGAAAAAAGUCGCUCAUCUUGCGAUUCACCGCCAUCCUUUUCCUUAUUUAUAUUAUUCAUGCUGGAGGUUGUAGGUCGUCUGGGUAUUUUCUCACUUAAUGUUUUAUGAAUAAUGAUGAUUUAGAUAUAUGACUCCAUUGACACCGUUUUUGGCAUACUAUAUAGUAGGUAUCGAGUAUAGUAUCGAUCACUUCCCUACUAUAUCACUUGAAUUUUGACCUUCAUGAGCACAUGUUCUUUCUAACCAUGUGAAAUUAUCCAUUUAUAUCAAACACUUUUACCCAUCAACUCAAAUGAACAUCAAUACAAAAGUAAUGCCUAAAAUAUGAUAACACAACACAAUAAAUCUGUAAGAAUAUAUCCUAUUGGCCAAAAUAUAAUCAAUUCACUAAAUAUGAGGGGCAUUUUGUGUGGUUUAUUUCAGAGCUGCCACUGACUGUUUUCUGUUAUUUGUGAUGUUUGUGUGGUAGAGAACUGAAUUCAAUAAAGAAUUG